UCGAGCGAUGAAGAGGUGGAAAAAGCCUUGGACGCAGCGCUCGAAAUGGGCUAUAGGCACAUAGACACUGCCUACAAUUAUCGAAACGAAGCCGCCAUCGGUCGAGCCUUGAAAAAGUGGAUCGACAGCGGAAAAGUAAAGAGAGAAGAGCUUUUCAUCGUCACCAAGCUGCCGCUUAUAGGGAACCAGAAGGACAAGGUGGCCGUAUACCUGCAGAAAUCCCUGACAGCCUUGAACUUGACCUACGUGGAUUUGUAUCUGGUGCACGCCCCGAUCGGACUCAAGGAUAACGGCGAUGACAACAUUUUCCCCAUGGACCCUGAUGGCACCAUACAGCUCGAUCUCACCACUGACCUCGUGUCUGUUUGGAAGGCAAGAGAAAGACAUGAUCGUUUCAGUGAAACGGGGAUGGAGGAGCAGGUGGAUGCCGGCCGAGCGAAAUCCAUCGGGAUCAGCAACUUCAACGAAGAACAAGUGACGAGGAUCGUGAAGAAUGCCCGAAUCAAACCGGCCAACAUUCAAGUGGAACUACAGGCUUAUUUUCAGCAAAAGCCUCUUCGGGAGCUGUGCAAGAAGCACGACAUCACCGUCGUCGCCUAUGGGCCGCUGGGAUCACCCGGAAGAGUGGCCUUCUACGAAAAGCUCGGAAUUUCUAAAGACAAGGCGAAGGUCCCAGACCUCCUCCAAAACCCAGUGGUGAAGAAGAUAGCCCGUAAGCAUCACGUGACAGAAGCGCAGGUGCUUCUCCGUCACCUGGCUCAAUCUGGCAUCGCCGUCAUCCCCAAGUCCACCAACCCUUCCAGGAUCCAACUUAAUUACCAGAUUUUCAACUUCGAGCUGAGUUCGGACGAAAUGAGGCAGCUGAAUGAUUUGGAUCAGGGUGAAGCCGGUAGAAGCUUCCUCUUCGAGUUAAAGGGCGUCGACGCUCAUCCGGAGUACCCGCUGAAGGACUUCGCGAAGUCGAGCGAUGAGGAAAUGGAAAAAGCCUUGGAUACAGCCCUUGAAAUGGGCUACAGGCAUCUCGACACGGCCUACAAUUACCGAAACGAGGCCUCCAUCGGUCGAGUCUUGAAAAAGUGGAUCGACAGCGGAAAAGUGAAGAGAGAAGAGCUUUUCAUCGUUACCAAGCUGCCAAUGAUAGGGAACCAGAAGGACAAGGUGGCCGUAUACCUGCAGAAAUCCCUGACAGCCUUGAACUUGACCUACGUGGAUUUGUAUCUGGUGCACGGUCCAUUCGGACUCAAGGAUAACGGCGAUGACAACAUUUUCCCCAUGGACCCUGAUGGCACCAUACAGCUCGAUCUCACCACUGACCUCGUGUCUGUUUGGAAGGCAAGAAAAACCCGAUAUUUUCAGCGAAAAGGUCUCUCAGGGAUGGAGGAGCAGGUGGAUGCCGGCCGAGCGAAAUCCAUCGGGAUCAGCAACUUCAGCGAAGAACAAGUGACGAGGAUCGUGAAGAAUGCCCGAAUCAAACCGGCCAACAUUCAAGUGGAACUGCAUGCCUAUUUCCAGCAAAAGCCUCUUCGGGAACUGUGCAAGAAGCACGACAUUACCGUCGUCGCCUAUGGGCCGUUGGGAUCACCCGGAAGAGUGGCCUUCUACGAAAAGCUCGGAAUGUCUAAAGACCAUGCGAAGGUCCCGGACCUCCUCCAAAACCCGGUGGUGAAGAAGAUAGCCCGUGAGCAUCACGUGACAGAAGCGCAGGUGCUUCUCCGUCACCUGGCUCAGUCUGGCAUCGCCGUCAUCCCCAAGUCCUCCAACCCUUCCAGAAUCCAACUCAACUAUCAGAUUUUCAACUUCGAGCUGAGUUCGGACGAAAUGAAGCAGCUGAAUGAUUUGGAUCAGGGUGAAGCCGGUAGAACAUUCUUCUUCGAAUUCAAGGGCGUUGAAGCUCAUCCGGAGUUCCCCUUGAAGGACUGGGCGAAGAAGGGGAUGGAGGAGCAGGUGGAUGCCGACCGAGCGAAAUCCACCGGGAUCAGCAACUUCAACGAAGAACAAGUGGCGAGAAUCGUGAAGAACGCCCGUAUCAAACCGGCCAACAUUCAAGUGGAACUGCAUGCCCAUUUCCAGCAAAAAUCGCUUCGGGAACUGUGCGAGAAACACGGGAUCACCAUCGUCGCUUAA